CUCGGUUUGAUAUUGGUUGUACUGCUUGUUGACAAAACCGUGCACUCAUUUUCAUGAACUUUACUUACCACACUUUUACCAGUCUUUUAUCCUAUCGUUGUCCUGCAGUGCGUCUGGAGCCUUUUAGAGUGGACAAGGAGAAAAGAAUAGGUAAAGAAAAAUGGGAAUUAUUUUAACAAUCAAGGCAAAUGAGGAUUUAAAAGUGGAAAUAUCAGUUUAAUCAACUAAAUACGAAAUCAUAGUAAGAAACAACACUAAUAUGCAUCCAAACACAGGAAUAUGAUAAAGCAAUGAGUUGAUAAUAUUGGAAAUUAUCAAGAGACGUGAAAACGAGUUUCAUUUCACGGAUAAUUGUCACACCGUAUUUCAUUGAAACUUAUAAACAGUGGUUGUACUACACAAAUAUGAAUCAGCUUUUGCGUGAAACGAGCAGCCUUCAUUUAUCAUCCUAUUACAAGGAGAUGCGGAAGAACACAAUGGUUUUACAUAAUAACCCAUCAACUAUUGCAUCAAAAAGGCCUUACAUCGCACAUUCAACCAACAGCCUUCAAAUAUCGCGCCAUGAGAUGUGGCAACUGUGUGCGCGGCCAGCAGUAUAUAAAUAGCCGCGCAGGACAGCCAUUCUUUCUUUCCUUCACGCGAGACAUCAUGUCUCACCGCAAGUUUAGUGCCCCCCGCCAUGGGUCUAUGGCCUUCUACCCUAAGAAGCGGUCCAGCCGCCACCGCCCCAAGGUGAAGGCUUUCCCUAAGGAUGACCGCACCAAGCCUGUCCAUCUGACCGCCUUCUUGGGCUACAAGGCCGGCAUGACUCAUGUUGUGCGUGUAGCAGACAAGCCAGGGUCAAAAAUUAACCGCAAGGAAGUUGUAGAGGGUGUUACCAUCCUGGAAACUCCUCCUAUGGUCUGUGUUGGUGUGGUGGGAUACAUCAACACUCCUAGGGGUAUGCGUGCCUUCAAGACUGUUUGGGCUGAGCAUCUCUCCGAGGAAUGCAAGAGGCGCUUCUACAAGAACUGGCACAAGUCUAAGAAGAAGGCCUUCACAAAUGCUACCCAGAAGUGGCAGGACCAAGUGGGCAAGAAAGUCAUUGAGAAGGAUCUUGCCAAGAUGAAGAAGUACUGCAGUGCUGUUCGCAUCAUUGCUCACACCCAGAUCAAGAUUUUGAAGAAGAGGCAGAAAAAGGCCCACAUCAUGGAAAUUCAGUUGAAUGGUGGAACCAUUGCAGACAAGAUUGAUUGGGCUGUUUCCCACUUUGAAAAGCAGGUUCCUGUGGAAAAUGUUUUCGGUCAGGAUGAGAUGGUGGAUGUUAUUGGUGUUACAAAGGGAAAGGGAGUCAAGGGUGUGACUUCUCGAUGGCAUACCAAGAAGCUGCCCCGCAAGACUCACAAGGGUCUGCGCAAGGUUGCUUGUAUUGGUGCCUGGCAUCCCAGCCGUGUCCAGUUUACGGUUGCCAGAGCUGGUCAGAAGGGCUACCAUCACCGCACUGAGAUGAACAAGAAGAUCUACCGCAUUGGGAAGGGUGUCCACACCAAGGAUGGAAAGGUAGUGAAGAAUAAUGCUUCCACUGAGUAUGACUUCACUGAGAAGACCAUCACACCAAUGGGUGGUUUCCCACACUAUGGUGAGGUUAACCAGGACUUCGUCAUGAUCAAGGGAUGUUGUGCUGGACCCAAGAAAAGGGUAGUCUGCCUCAGGAAGUCCCUGCUGGUCCAGACAAAGCGUGUUGCCCUGGAGAAGAUUGACCUGCACUUCAUUGAUACCAGCAGCAAGAUGGGUCAUGGUCGCUUCCAGACCAGUGCUGAGAAGUCUGCCUUCAUGGGUCCCCUCAAGAAGGACAAGAAGAAGUUGCUCCAGCAAUAAACUAACUACUGUUGGGCAA